AUGCGCUACCUGUGGGUUCUCUCGGCUGUUGCCGCUUUGGCUAACUCGGCGGAUGCCUCUCCUCUGCAAAAGAGAUGCUCCAACCCAAAGCAAUUCUCUGGCAAUUCUCAGGGCCAGAAGAAAUGCACUCAGAUCACCAAUGGCUGUCCCGACUUGGAUUUCACCUGGAAUGCCAAAAACCAGGGCAGAAUGACCUACAGCAUCACGGCCAAGUCCGUCAAAUGGGUUCAAGACAAUAUCUACGAACUAACCAUUCACGUGCAAGGUCAAAAACAAGUUAGCAUCGACUGCAUUAACGACUUGAAAAUCAUCGGCAUCAAUGGACCUGACGGCGCAACUUUUCAAUUGCUUGACAAGCAGCACAACAUCCAACUUGUCGACAGUCCUACCGACUACGAUGCCACAUUCCGGGUUUACGGUCAAGAUGACGUCGAAAACUGCAGGACUUGGAUGCCUAACUUCCAAAUUCAGUACGACUACAAUAGCCAAUGUGAUGUUAACAGCGCUCAGUCCUUCGACUUGAUUACCGGGUGUAACAACUACGACAACCAAGGCCAUUCGCAAACUGACGCUCCUGGAUUCUACUGGGAUUACCAAUGUGGCACCUGUCCAAGCUCUGUCACAUCUUCAUCGUCUCUAUCAUCCUCUGCCAAGCCAGCAACAUCUACCAGUGAGUCUUGCACCACUGUUAGUCCAACCACGAUAUCCGGUUACACUAGUUGCUCUCCUGGCCCAUGCCCUUCUCAUUCGAGCUCAGCUUCAUCUAGCCCAUCUUCAGAAAGCACUGUUCCAGAAACCUCCACCAGAUCGCGCACUUGCACUCGUCAUACUGACUCGCGUACUAGCACUCAUCAAACCAAGUCGCGCACUUGCACUCGUCAUACUGACUCGCGUACUAGCACUCAUCAAACCAAGUCGCGCACUUGCACUCGUCAUACUGACUCGCGUACUAGCACUCAUCAAACCAAGUCGCGCACUUGCACUCGUCAUACUGACUCGUGUACUAGCACUCAUCAAACCGACUCGCGCACUUGCACUCAUCAUACCGACUCGCGCACUUGCACUCAUCAUACCGACUCGCGCACUUGCACUCAUCAUACCGACUCGCGCACUUGCACACGUUCACAUUCUACCCCUUCUUCUGACUCCUCCUGCACCACUGUUCCAGGUACUACCGUUCCAGGAAGCACUGUCUCUGGCACCACUUACCCAGGUACUACCAUUCCAGGUACUACUAGCUGUUUCCCAGGACCAUCUAGCUCUGCUCCUUCUAGCUCGACUCCAGAAAGUUCUGCCCCUGUGUCUUCGACUCCAGAAAGCUCUGCCCCAGUUAGCUCGACUCCAGAAAGUUCUGCCCCAGUGUCUUCGACUCCAGAAAGCUCUGCUCCAGCUAGCUCUACCCCAGUGUCCUCGACUCCAGAAAGCUCUGCUCCAGCUAGCUCUACCCCAGUGUCCUCGACUCCAGAAAGCUCCACCCCAGUAAGCUCUACUCCAGUGAGCUCUACUCCAGAGAGCUCUGCCCCUGUGUCUUCGACUCCAGAAAGCUCUGCUCCGGUCAGCUCUGCUCCAGCUAGCUCUACCCCAGUGUCCUCGACUCCAGAAAGCUCUGCUCCAGCUAGCUCUGCCCCAGUAAGCUCUACCCCAGUGUCUUCGACUCCAGAAAGCUCUGCACCAGCGUCCUCGACUCCAGAGAGCUCUACUCCAGUGUCUUCGACUCCAGAAAGAUUUGCCUCAGUGAGUUCGACUCCAGAAAGCUCCACCCCAGUAAGCUCUACUCCAGUGAGCUCUACUCCAGAGAGCUCUGCCCCUGUGUCUUCGACUCCAGAAAGCUCUGCUCCGGUCAGCUCUGUUCCUGUUAGCUCUGCUCCAGUCAGCUCUGCCACAUCUAGUUCCUAUUCCUUUACCUCAUUAUAUGGAAAUAGUACAUCGAGCUCUGCUCCAUCGAGCUCUGUUCCAUCAAGCUUUGCUCCAUCUAGCUCUGCUCCAUCGAGCUCUGUUCCAUCAAGCUUUGCUCCAUCUAGCUCUGCUCCAUCGAGCUUGCUCCAUCUAGCUCUGCUCCUUCGAGCUCUGCUCCAUCUAGCUCUGCUCCAUCGAGCUUUGCUCCAUCUAGCUCUGCUCCAUCGAGCUCUGCUCCAUCUAGCUCUGCUCCUUCUAGCUCUGCUCCAUCGAGCUCUGCUCCUUCGAGCUCUGCUCCAGUGUCUUCGUGCUCCACUGUUCCAGGUACCACCGUUCCAGGAAGCACUGUCUCUGGCACCACUUACCCAGGUACUACCAUUCCAGUUACUACUAGCUGUUUCCCAGGACCAUCUAGCUCUGCUCCUUCGAGCUCUGCUCCAUCUAGCUCUGCUCCUUCGAGCUCUGCUCCAUCUAGCUCUGCUCCUUCGAGCUCUGCUCCAUCUAGCUCUGCUCCAGUGUCUUCGUGCUCCACUGUUCCAGGUACCACCGUUCCAGGAAGCACUGUCUCUGGCACCACUUACCCAGGUACCACCAUUCCAGGUACUACUAGCUGUUUCCCAGGACCAUCUAGCUCUGCUCCGUUGACUUCUAGUUCUACAACUGUCGCAGGUGCUAGUACUGUCAGCUCUGUUACAAUCAGCUCCAGUACGUCAGCCUUCGGCUCUUCGAGCUCUGUCCUAUAUGGUAACAGUACUAUCUCUGUCACCUCUGCCCCAUCUAGCUCUGCCUCAUCUAGCUCUGCUCCAUUGAGCUCCGUUCCUGUCAGCUCCACCCCAGUGAGCUCUAUUCCUGCCAGUUCUGGCCCAGCCAGCUCUGCCCCAGUCAGCUCUGGUCCUUCCGGCUCUGCUCCAGCCAGCUCUGUUCCAGCCAGCUCAGCUCCAGCCAGCUCUGUUCCAGCCAGCUCAGCUCCAGCCAGCUCUGUUCCAGCCAGCUCAGCUCCAGCCAGCUCUGUUCCAUCCAGCUCUGCUCCAGUCAGCUCUGCUCCAGUUUCCUCUGUUCCAGUCAGCUCGGCUCCAGCCAGCUCAGCUCCAGUUUCCUCUGUUCCAGCCAGCUCUGCCCCAGUUUCCUCUGUUCCAGCCAGCUCAGGUCCAUCCAGCUCUGUUCUAGCCAGCUCUGGUCCAUCCAGCUCUGUUCCAUCCAGCUCUGCUCCAGUCAGCUCUGCUCCAGUUUCCUCUGUUCCAGUCAGCUCGGCUCCAGCCAGCUCUGGUCCAGUUUCCUCGGCUCCAGCCAGCUCUGCUCCAGCCAGCUCUGCUCCAGUUUCCUCUGCUCCAGUCAGCUCUGGUCCUUCCAGCUCUGCUCCAGUUUCCUCUGCUACAGUCAGCUCUGGUCCUUCCAGCUCUGCUCCAGUUUCCUCUGCUACAGUCAGUUCUGUUCCAGUCAGCUCCUCGCCUGUGUUAUCGAGCUCUGCCGGCUUCACCGAAAGUGUGGUAACUGUCACAUCAUCUGGUGUCGAAACUAUUUACACCACGACCUGUCCUAUUAGUGAAGUUACAAACCCCGCUACUUCAUCAGUUUUCACCGAGAAGGUUGUAACAGUCACUGCUUCUGGUAAGACCUUCACUUCUACGACAACAUAUGCCGCAACAUACCCUGCACAGACUGGCUCUGCCGUUGCUACUCCAUCAACAGCUUUCACUGUGACACUUGUUACAGUCACCGAGUCUGGUGUCGUUACGUCUUACACAACGACCUGUCCAGUCUCCGAAACUAUCAAGCCUACUACUUAUGUCGGAGGGACCGUGACAACUUUGACUGGUUCGGUUACCGGCACUCCAGCUACUGCUAACGGUACUCCAGCUACUGCCACCGGCACUCCAGCUACUGCUAACGGUACUCCAGUUACUGCCACCGGCACCCUAGCUACUGCUAGCGGAACUCCAGCUACUGCCACCGGCACCCUAGCUACUGUUAGCGGAACUCCAGCUACUGCCACCGGCACCCUAGCUACUGUUAGCGGAACUCCAGCUACUGCCACCGGCACUCCAGCUACUGCCACCGGCACUCCAGCUACUGCUAACGGUACUCCAGUGACUGCCGCCGGCACUCCAGCUACUGCCAGCGGCACUCCAGUCACUUCUACCACUGAUUUGCAAACCCAAGCUGUAUCUACAAGUGCCUUCACAAGCACUCCAGCGAUCUCUACCUACGCAGGAUCGGCAAAUGUCGUAAGAGCAGGUUUGCUGUUGGCCCUACCUUUGGCCUUGUUGUGA